AUGGUCCUCUCCAGUGUUGAUGAAGUUGCAACUGAACUACUCCGACGCCAGCACGGUUGCGUUCAUGUUGUAUUAUACCCGAUGAAUCAGAUGUUCCUAAUUGGCGGGUUAGCUGGAGCCUGGUCCUCUCCAGUGUUGAUGAAGUUACAACUGAACUACUCCGACGCCAGCACGGUUGCCUCCAUGUUGCCUCUGGGUAUUAUGGCGGGUCCAGUAGUGUCAGCGUCUCUGAUGAACAUUCUGGGCCGCAAGUACACUCUGGGUAUCGGUAUGACCAUCAUGACAGCAUCCUGUUUGGUCCUGCUGGUGGGGCGGGACGUCAUUCUCCUCUCCGUAGGCAGAUUCCUGGCCGGGAUGACCGUUGGUAUAGCCCAUUGUUCAAUACCCACGUACAUUGCAGAAAUUUCAGAGGACUCUACAAGGGGAUAUCUCAACACAAUGAGUUUCGGGUUCAGCUGCUGCGGCAGUUUCCUGAUGUACUGUGUAGGACCUUUUCUCUCCUACGCAACUCUCCACUACAUCAUGAUUGCAGUCUGCGUUUGUUUCUUCCUGUUGUUCCCUCUGCUUCCGGAGUCACCGUACUUUCUGAUCUUGAGAAAACAAGAUGAUCGUGCCAGAAACACUCUUAUUUGGCUAAGAGGAGCCGAGUCCGGUUACUGCGUAGAACAUGAACUGGUAAAAAUCCAGACAUCAAUCGAGAUCAGCCAAAACGAAACAAACAGCAUCGGACAACUGUUCUCGUCCAGAGGUAACAGACGCGCUCUAACUAUCUGCUGUUUACUGAUGGUGUUACAACAGUUGUCUGGGAUCGGCAUGGUGCUGUACUACAUGCAGCUGAUAUUCCACAAGACCCGCACAGACUACCACAGCAGCACUUGCUCGAUCAUCAUCGGAGUCAUCAAGACUGCCUCAGCCUUCAUCAGUCCUGUGGCCGUCAAAACAUAUGGCUAUAAGAAACCUAUGAUUGUCUCUACAUUCGGGAUGAGCUUGGGAAUGGCUGGCCUAGGUAUAUUUUUCCUGUUUAAAAAUGGCCAUUUUGACUUAGAUUCAAUCAAAUGGUUGCCACUUCUUAGUGUCGUCGUCUAUAUCGUUUUCUAUAGCACAGGAUUCGCGAAUAUCCCGUGGGCAUUGACAGGAGAGUAUUUCCCCAGCACCCUGAAACCUCUCGCAUCGGCAGUCGUAGGUACAACAUCUGGCUUCACAACAUUCCUCUUCAUUCGGAUGUUCGCGGUCUUCAUGUUUUAUAUCGGACUAGACUACCUGUUCCUGUCAUGCGCUUUCUUCUGCUGUGUCAGUGGCGUGUUCAUACUGUUUGCCGUUAUGGACACCAGUGGGAUGUCCUUUGUGGAGAUCCAGAAGAUGCUGAAUGGACACAGGCUUUGUCAAUCAGUAUGGCGAAAGGCUAGGUUAAGUUCCGUGAACCUACAGUUCCUCAUGUGUGGCACUGCGUUUGGAUGGUCGUCACCGAUGCUGAUGAAACUUGAACUCUCCGCCACCGACGGCAGCACCAUAGCCUCCGCCUUGCCGCUGGGUAUCGUCCUGGGGCCGUUCGUGUCGGGGGUCCUGCUGGACAGGAUCGGCAGGAAAGCCACAGUAGGCCUCAGCAUGGGGAUCAUCACUUGCUGUUACGUCAUCUUAACUCUAGUCAGCAGCGUCAGCCUCCUCUCCCUUGGCAGAUUCAUGGCGGGAGUAACCUGUGGUAUCACCUUCGCCUCUGUGCCGCUGUACAUUGCAGAAAUAUCUGAGGAUUCUGUUCGAGGUUUUCUGAACACAAUGAACCAGUUCUCGGUGGGGUCCGGAAGUCUGUUGAUGUACGCAGUCGGCCCUCUCGUCAGCUACGCCUACCUCCACUACAUGUUGCUGGGAUUGUGUGCUACCUUCUUUGUACUCUUCCCUCUCCUGCCUGACUCUCCGUACUCUCUAGUCACGAGGGGAAAGGUUACGGAGGCAGAGCGAACACUUGCCAAGCUCAGAGGGAAUUCAUCGGUAUCGUUGAUAGAAAAGGAACUCCAAGUAAUACAGAAAUCAAUCACUGAGGGCCAAGAAGGAUCAACGUCUGUGAGAGAGUUGGUCAGUUCACGUGGUAACCGCCUGGCCCUAACCAUCUGCCUGGUGUUGUUAGUGUCCCAGCAGCUCUGCGGAGUCUCCAUCGUCUUCCUGUAUCUGGAGCAAAUAUUCCAGAUGACGGGGACCAACAUCUCCAGCAGCACUUGCUCCACCGUGGUCGGCUUCAUACUCGUUAUCUCGGGCGGCAUCUCCCCCCUCGCAGUCAAAUACUUCGGCUACAAAAAGCCUCUUUUGGUAUCCACCUCCGGCAUGGCUUUAGGAAUGGGAAAUCUCGGAGCUUACUUAGCUAUGAAGUUUUAUGGAGUGAACGUGACUUCUUUCAAUUGGUUACCACUCCUCAGUGUGGUGGUGUAUAUUGUAUCCUUCAAUAUCGGCAUCGCUAACAUCCCGUGGGCGUUGGCAGGAGAGCUGUUACCCAAAAACGUCAAGUCCAACGCUGUGACAAUGAUCGCGUCAACGAGCGUACUAUUCGCCUUCCACCUAGUAAUAAAGAAUCUACUGUUCUCAGGCUUCGCUAACAUCCCGUGGGCGUUGGCAGGAGAGCUGUUCCCCAACAACGUCAAGUCCAACGCUGUGACAAUGAUCGCGUCAACGAGCGUACUAUUCGCCUUCCACCUAGUAAUAAAGAAUCUACUGUUCUCAGGCUUCGCUAACAUCCCGUGGGCGUUGGCAGGAGAGCUGUUCCCCAACAACGUCAAGUCCAACGCUGUGACAAUGAUCGCGUCAACGAGCGUACUAUUCGCCUUCCACCUAGUAAUAAAGAAUCUACUGUUCUCAGGCUUCGCUAAAAUCCCGUGGGCGUUGGCAGGAGAGCUGUUCCCCAACAACGUCAAGUCCAACGCUGUGACAAUGAUCGCGUCAACAAGCGGGCUCUUCGCCUUCCACCUAGUAAUAAAGAAUCUACUGUUCACAGGCUUCGCUAACAUCCCGUGGGCGUUGGCAGGAGAGCUGUUCCCCAACAAUGUCAAGUCCAACGCUGUGACAAUGAUCGCGUCAACGAGCGGGCUCUUCGCCUUCCUCACGGUGAAACUGUUCCCGUACCUCACUCUGUUGCUGGGUCUUCACUUCUUGUUCUGCGUGUGCAGCCUCAUGUGCCUGCUCACUGUCGUCUUUAUGUGGCUGGUCGUGCAAGAUACGAGUAGCAUGUCGUUCGUUGAGAUCCAGCUCAUGUUGAACGGCCAUAAGAGAAUAGACCUUUCACUCAAUAAACCACUGAAAAGUCCUCUUGCAGAUUCCGAUCAUAUAGACCGGUACAAGACCAUGCGUACUCGUAUGGUUGUCAAGAGUCCGGAGAUAAGGUUGGAUGACACCAAGAGCCAUAUCAGCAGCAGUUACCUCGUUGCAAUACUAGACGAGAAGGUCCGAUUUGUGGAAAAUAAGAAUAUAAUUUUUAAAUUGUGUUUUAUCUCUUCCUCUCGACUCCCUAAAGCUUGUUUACUUAACCUAAUGAGUUCUGAGAACAAGUUAUCAGUGUUUGUGUUGGAGCCCUCCCCAGCACCGAGCAGCAGACACCACGACAUGGAUCCCCAGCCCGACCGUACUCACUUGUACCUCAGCGUAGCUAUCUUGAAUAUUUUAUACCUGAUAUGCGGGACAACGUUCGUGUGGUCGUCUCCGGUGUUGGUGAAGUUGACACUAACUGACACCGAGGGAAGCACCGUCGCCUCCAUGCUGUCUCUGGGCAGCGUGCUGGGGCCCUUCGUGUCCGGGGCCGUCCUCGACUCCCUGGGCCGCAAGUACACCGUGGGCCUCGCCAUGGCGCUGGAGACGGCGUCCUACCUCACUCUUGCCGAGGGCAGCGGAGUCAUCGUCUUGUCUGUGGGCAGGUUUCUGGGAGGUGUGGCCUGCGGUAUGGCCUUCUCUGCAGUGCCCAUGUAUAUCGCGGAGAUCUCUGAGGACUCUGUGCGAGGGCUGCUGAACACACUGAGUCAGCUGUCGAUCUGCUCCGGGUCACUGCUGAUGUACGUGGUUGGUCCGUACACCAGCUAUGCUGCUCUGCACUAUAUAAUGCUCGGAAUAUGCGCUAUGUUCUUCCUGCUGUUCCCUCUGCUGCCUCGCUCUCCGUACGAACUCGUCAUGAGCAAUCAGAUCGCCCAAGCAGAGAAAACACUCUUGUGGCUUAGAAAGAACGUGCCACGAUCUUUUGUCGUGAAGGAGCUACAACUCAUUCAGAACACCGUACGUGAGAAUGAGGCAGAGUCGAGCUCAGUGAAGGAACUUUUCACCUGCAGAGGUAACAGACGGGCUCUGAUCAUCUGCUGCACUCUUCUCAUGCUGCAGCAAAUCUCCGGAGUCACCAUAGUGUUCUUCUACUCAGAGAAGAUCUUCAGUAUGUCAGGAUCUAGCCUCUCUAGCAGUGCUUCUUCCAUCAUCGUGGGCGCCGUCAUGGCAGGAUCCGCCGUCAUUUGUCCUGUAGCAGUCAAAAAGUUCGGUUACAAAAAACCUCUCCUCACGUCUGCUGCCGGCAUGGCUAUAGGAAUGGGUGGCCUUGCGAUGUUUUUCAUACUGAAGGUCAACCAUUUCGAAGUGGAUUCUAUAGGUUGGCUUCCACUGUUUAGCAUCGUUAUUUACAUCCUUUUCUUCAACACAGGGUUCGCAAACAUCCCUUGGGCCCUGUCUGGAGAACUGUUCCCCGGAAACAUAAAGCCGAUAGCCACGACUCUAGUCGCAGCGACUUGCGGUCUGGUCGCUUUCCUCACGUCCAAACUGUUCCCCGACCUCAUCGCUCUCCUGGGGAUCGAGUUCCUGUUCAUGGCGUGCUCGUUCUUUUGCGGCAUCACCGUGCUGUUCGUCACGCUGGUCGUCCAGGACACCAGCGGCCUGUCCUUCAUCGAGAUACAAGAGAUACUGAACGGUCGCAAGAGGAAGCACUUGACGAUAUCACGGCCUGCGGAGCCCAGUGACAAUACCACGCAUAUGUAACACGUCAACUGUGUAUGUGUUGUGACUUCAAACUCGAUUAGAGGUAGACUUUCAACACCGAAAUAACCGCGGUGCCGCUUAACGAAAUAGGUUGAAAGUAAUCAUUAGCGGUUUUUAAUGUGAUUGAUAAAUAAUUUGUAUCUAAUAAAUCUUUUAACGUCAUCGAUAUUUUUCAAAUAAAGGGUAAGUAUAUUUACGAUUUUUAAAAUUUCAUAAAUAAUACAAACUUAAUACAGUAAUAGA